GAUAUCAUGUAGGGCACGCAACGGAUGAUGGUGUAGUUUAUGAAUGGUGAUGACAUUGAAGUCGUAUUGAUUCCACUUGAAUUCAUAUUAAUUUAUGAAGGCUGCAAAGCUUUGUGUAUAUACCAACAAUUCAGUGGGUGUGACAGCAUACACCACGUACUCCAGUCUCCCCUGUGCACAGUUCACCUACAGUACAUGGACGCUGGAUGCCGGGAUAAUUAAGGUAACGCGUAUUUAGGUCAUAAAACUAGGAACCUUCUAACAAAACUAUUUGAAAGCGGAAUUUGAGGCAAUCAUACCAAAGGACCUUGCGAUUUACAUCCUAUCCUAAGCUAGUUUACACCCCCACCAUGAUGAAGAAGCAGCAUAAACGCGUUGUGGAGAAGAAAACGAGUAGGGUGAUGUCGUCAACGCCCCGUUUCGUUUCGACGUCCCACUCAGCUACCGGUUCGUCUGAAGAGGCAGGGGACGCCUCAUCAUCGCUCCCGAGUCCCGUCAGCACAUCGACCUUCUCAACAUCCAGGAUGGCGACGCGUACUUCGACAUCGUCCAGUCGGAGGUCGACGUCGUCAUCGUCGUCGAGAUCGUUCGUCCGAGAAGAAAACGAACGCGAGGAAAUGGUGACACUGAACGAUCGUCUAGCGGAGUACAUCGAUCUCGUCAACGAGCUCAAUCUGGACAGCGGCAGGGCUCAGAUCCUCGACAUCUCGAUCACGGAGGCGAGGAAUACGGCGAUCACGGAGAUCCGGGAGAUCUUCGAGAAGGAGUUGGCGGACGCCAGAAAACUUCACGCCGAUGAGAGAGAUAGGCUUGAGAGAGAGCGUGCCAAAUAUAAAAGUGAAUUGUCUGACAUAGCUCCAAGAUUGAAGUCUGCUGAGAAAGAACGGAACGAGGCAAGGAAACGUUUAGCUGAUCUCGAGCCUCGGAUAUCCGAGAAAGAUACCCGGAUCCGGUACCUGGAGGAUGAACUUAACCGUGUCAAAUCGGAUUUGAACAACAAAGACAAACAAAUGAAAUCUGCCAAGCUCGAUAUUGAGAAUGGGGAUAUCAUUCGCAAACAACUGGAGAAGAAGAUACGUGACCUUGAGAAAGACCUUGAACUACAGGAAGAGUACUACAAGAAGCAACUCGAGAAAGCACAAGGUGCGUGGGACGAAACACUGCAAGGGGAAUGGGAGAAGUACAUUGAUAACUUGAAUGUCUCCCUCUUCGAGGACUUGCGGCAAGUUAGAGAGCAAGAGAUGGCGCAAGUCACAGAGGAAACGGAAUUGACAAGACUGUUGACUCGUAUUAAGGGAUUCGGUGUAAGUGAAUUCGCCUCCGAACUGAGGAAACUGAAGGCUGAUAUCAACAUGAAGGACCAGAACGAUACGCUCGUCGCUCGUAUCCUCGACCUCGAGGCCCAACUACGGAAGGAGCGCGAAGCCCACAUGGAAGCACUGAGCACCCGUGAUCGUGAGAUCGAGGAGGUGAAAGAAAUGGUGGCCGUGCGCGUCCGGGAGUACAACGACCUCCUGAGGAUCAAACUCAGCUUGGACAAGGAGAUCGCGACAUACCGUGCCCUGCUCGACGGCGGGGUAGCAAGGUUACGGAAGAGAACUGCAUUGAGUGAUUCUAUUCAAGAAAGCUCGCCCCCUCGGAAUCAACCCUCGACCAAGCGGCGUCGUGUGAACGAUGAAGUCCAGGUCACGAGGUCAUCGACCACCAGCGGACUGGUGUCCAUUGUCGAGACCGACAGCGAUGGUAAUUUCAUCAAACUGCUCAACCAGACUGAUUCGAACCAGUCCAUUGGCGGCUGGGAACUCCAGCGAAUCGUCGACGGGGCGCUUGUCUCGACCUACACCUUCAACAACAGAUUCUCACUGAAUCCUGAACACGAGGUCACGGUCUGGGCCUCAGGAAGUGAGAACAAGGUUCAAAACCCUCCUACAGACAUCGUUUCUUCGGACACACAGAACUGGGGGAAAGGGUUGAGCACCGAAACCAUCUUGCUCCGCCCAGAUGGAGAGGUAAUGGCCAAGUGUGAUGAACUGAGAGAGCACGUUAAUAAUGAAUUUGUGGAGUCAAGUGCAAGGGAAUUCCGACCAUGCGUCGUCAUGUAAACAUUAUCUCGGUCACCAUGGUAGCGAGCAGAAGUUUAAGGCCUUCAUCACUCUACUGAAAUUUACCUUAUACAUGUGACGUCAUAAUCUCAUUGCGCCCUCCCUCAGAGGAUAUAGGAAUACGCGUAGACAGAGUUGUCAGAUAUGCGUCAGCUGCAGAUCAUCAUCUCAUGCAAGGCUAUGGCUUCAUCCUCUAAAAUGGUGGCAUGAUAACGUCAAUGCAUAAGGUCUUUACUGAAAUGAUAUUUCAUACAUUUCGUGAAUAUUCAUAUUUGUGUUGUUUUGUUUGUUUCGUUUUAAAGGUGUAUUUAGUACGUAACUAUUUGAAAUUUAGAUUUUAGAGAAAAGUAGCAAAUGAACGUUGUAUUCACUGUUUGCGUAUGUAUUGUAUUUUAGUUCUGGGAAAAAACAAUAUGCGUUUUAACAUGUUGUGAGAAUUCAAUCAUUGCAAUUAUCAGUAGUAUUGUGACAUUAUGGUAGCUCGAAAAUAUUUGAUCAGAGACGAUUUAUUGGUAUAGAAAACAUGUCAGUUACAUUCCAAUCUGAUAAUAAAUCCGUUUUAAACGUGCCAGAGAACAGUAUUGUGCCACAGCACACCCGCCGAACAAUUGCGAAAUAAACAAUUCCAUUUCAAACUCAUAUUUCUUCAUGAAAGCGAAAUGACUAGAAAUGCAAUUAGUCUUAUUGUGCAGGUAUUACGUUUGCGUCAUUCCCUCUUAGCCAAUUUUUCUCGAGAUAAAAGUGUUGUAAUAGGGUUUUGGGUUCAGAAUUGUGUGAUAGUUAUUUCAUCGUAUAGUCUGGAUUUCUCUCCCCCUUUCUUUCGAGGCCUCCAUCAAUUUCAAGCUUUACGCAAAGGAUGGCGGUCUCCCACAUUUCAAUUUUCGAUAUUUUAUGUUGUUGUUUUUUGGUUUAUAUACAUGUUUUUAAAAAUAAGACAAUUUUCCAUGUAUAAUCUAUAUUUGACUUAGAAAAUACUACGUUGAUCCUCAUGUUAUCCUUUUGUUUAUGAUAUUUAUUCUUAUGGAGUGCUUAAACAUGAAACAUACUUGUAUAUGCUUUGUUUUUUUAUUGAAAAUUAUGAUUAAUGUCAAUAUAGUUAUAAGGUAAAUUUUGACGAUCGGUUUAAGUUUUGUAUAAUGUGUGGAUUUUCAGUACGAGCAAUAAAUUUUCGCAGUAACAUUU